CCGGGGGACACUGGGCUCACGCAGGAUGGUGCCCAUCACAGACCAAAUACUGAGGGUGCUGAGGCUUGAGAAGACCUCCUUCCGCACCUAUGCCAUCUCUGCUCUCCUCUUGUCCCUGCUUUUCAUCUUUUUCCGCUUCCUCGUGAAGGUCUUCCAGAUAUGCCAUAAAUUUCACAUCACCUGCCAACGAUUGCGCUGCUUCCCUCAGCCCCCUCGGAGGAGUUGGCUCUUGGGCCAUCUGGGGAUGUACCUGCCCAAUGAGUCGGGCCUCCGAGAUGAAAUGAAGGUCCUCGACAAAUUACGCCAUGUUGUCCUUGUCUGGAUAGGGCCCUUCCUGCCCCUGGUGGUCCUGGUGCAUCCCGACUACAUCAAACCCCUUCUGGGAGCUUCAGCGGCCAUUGCUCCAAAGGACAAGCUCUUCUAUGGUUUUCUGACACCCUGGCUGGGGGAUGGGCUAUUGCUGAGCAAAGGAGAAAAAUGGAGCCGCCACCGGCGCCUGUUGACUCCAGCUUUUCAUUUUGACAUCCUCAAACCUUACAUGAAGAUCUACAACCAAUGCACGGACAUCAUGCAUGCCAAGUGGCGUCGUCUGACUGCUGGGGCCACCACCUCCCUGGACAUGUUUGAGCAUGUUAGCCUCUUGACCUUGGAUAGUUUACAGAAAUGUGUUUUCAGCUAUAACAGUGACUGCCAGGAGAAGAAUUGUGACUACAUCAAUGCCAUCAUUGAGCUGAGUGCUUUGGUAGUGAAGCGCCAGUACCGUAUCCACCACCAUCUGGACUUCAUUUACUACCGGACAGCAGAUGGGCGACGCUUUAAGAAGGCUUGUGACGUUGUGCAUCGAUUCACCACCGAGGUCAUCCAGGAAAGGAGGCAGGCCCUUAACCAGCAGGGGGCAGAGGCCUGGCUCAAGUCCAAGCAAGGCAAGACUCUGGACUUCAUUGAUGUGCUAUUGCUGGCCCAGGAUGAAGAUGGGAAGCAGCUGUCAGAUGAGGACAUCCGAGCAGAAGCUGAUACCUUCAUGUUUGAGGGACAUGACACCACAUCCAGUGGCCUCUCUUGGGUGUUAUUUAACUUAGCUCGACACCCUGAAUAUCAGGAUAAGUGCCGAGAGGAGAUCCAGGAGAUCAUGAAAGGGAGGGAGACAGACGAGAUUGAGUGGGAUGAUCUGUCCCAGAUGCCCUUCAUCACCAUGUGCAUCAAGGAGAGCCUUCGCCUCUUCCCACCUGUCACCCUAAUUUCACGCCGCUGCACUGAGGACAUCAAGAUGCCUGAUGGACGUGUCAUCCCCAAAGGAACUAUUUGCCUGGUUAGCAUUUAUGGGACUCACUACAAUCCUUGUGUGUGGCCUGAUUCCAAGGUAUACAACCCCUACCGCUUUGACCCUGAUAAUCCCCAGCAGAGAUCACCCCUGGCCUUCAUCCCCUUCUCAGCUGGACCCAGAAAUUGCAUUGGUCAGAGUUUUGCCAUGUCUGAGAUGAAGGUGGUUGUUGCCUUGACCUUACUUCGGUUCCGACUCACAGUGGACAAGACCAAGAAGGUGCGUCGGAAGCCUGAAUUGAUCCUGAGGACCGAGCAUGGGAUUUGGCUAAAUGUGGAGCCAUUGUCUGGCCAGACUACAGCGACUCCAACUGCCCAGCCACAGCAAUGAACCCAAUUUCAGGGUAGAGACUAGAGGGUGUGGGGUACAACCAUGGGGAGAUGAGGGCCCGAAGUCCUGCGGUCUGGAGCUGUGUCAAUCCCUCCCUUCCCCUGCUAUUUCUCUCUCCAUGUGCUGGGGGCAGAGGUCUGGUAACCUGGGCCUGGGGACACUAUCACCCUUGGACACCCAAGAUUACCCCCUUUGCCUUCCCUCUUGCUCCCUGGAGCCAAUCUGGAGAGAACAACCUCAGGGGUUGUUAGAAGUGGGGACCAGGGACGGGGUAGCAGCUUCCAACUACUCUGUUUUUUGUGGAGGCUGUUCUCCUCCCUCUUGUCUGUUGGGUUUGCUCUCUGGGAGCGGAUUGGACUUCCUCAGUUAUAGGAUCAUUUGCUGUUUUCAUUUUUAUUCUGUUUUUUUAAGACAAAAGAAAAAAAGAAAGAAAAAAAGAAAAUCAAAAGCUUUCAUGAUGAAUGUGGUUUUCCAGAUCUGCCUGUACAUUUCUGAAAUCAUGUGAUUCUGUUUAAUAAAACCAGUAGGAUGUCAGGAUCUAUCCACCUUGGUUCUAUCUACUCCCUCUGACAUUGGCAGUUGGGAAAACAAUGGAGCUGGUUACAAGUCUAUAAUCCCUGCUAGUGGGAAGAUUGAGGCUGACAGAUCUCUUGAACUCAGGAGUUCUGAGCUCUAAGUGGGCUAAACCAAUCAGGGGCUGGCAGAAAGUUUGCCACAGGUCCAGUAGCCCCUGGAAAUAGAGGCAAUACCAGAUUGCCCAAGUAGAGGCAAAUAAGCCCAGGUCAGAAAAUGGAGUAAGCCAAAGCACCUACGGAGACUAGAGAGGUUGGUGGAUAACACUCGUACUUCUAGCUUGGGCAAGGCUGAAAGAAAGAAAGGAGGAAAGAAGAAAGAAAGAAGAAAAAAAGAGAAAAAGGGAAACUGAGAAUUGGGGGAUUAGAGGAAGAAGAAAACUUUGAACUAGAUUCAGUAGAUAAGGAUAUGACAUCACAGAUACAAAGGCACUAAACACACACACACAUACACACAAAACAGUAAUUUCUCAAUAGAUAAGCAGACAAAGGAUCUGAAUAAAGAGUUUUCAAAAGCAGAAAUGCAAACUAUCCACAACUAUAGAAAGACUGCUUCAGAUCACGAAUAAUAAGAGAAAUGCAAAUCAAAAUAACUCUGAGGUUUCAGCUCACACCCAGAAAACUGGGAAAGAUGACUAAAGACAAAG